GAAGGGGAAAAAAAAAUUAGAAAGUGAAAAAUCGAAAAUUGGAGGUAGCGGGUAAAAUCUGAGAUCGGCGUGAGACAAACGAAAACCCCCUUCCCAGAUAGGAAAAGGCCACGAACAAAACCCUAAAUCUUCCUGUUCUCUGCUCGUUUGAUUCUCCCCCGUUCUCGUUCCCCCCCCCCCCCCCCCCCAUAAUCCUGUGCCUUGGGAACUACCCGGUUAGUUUCGGGAUUUGCAUUCAGAGAGGCACGGUUAUUGUUCUGGUUAUGGGGAAGAAGAAGAAGAGAGUUUCGUCUAAGGUAUGGUGCUACUAUUGCGAUAGAGAAUUCGAUGACGAGAAGAUAUUGGUUCAGCAUCAGAAGGCUAAACACUUCAAAUGCCAUGUCUGUCACAAGAAGCUUUCUACUGCCGGCGGUAUGGUCAUCCACGUUCUUCAGGUCCACAAAGAGUCAGUCACCAAAGUUCCUAAUGCAAAACCAGGCAGAGAAGCAACAGAUAUUGAAAUCUAUGGAAUGCAAGGGAUUCCUCCUGAUGUCUUGGCAGCACACUAUGGAGAGGAGGAAGAAGAGUCCUUGUCGAAGGUGGCCAAAGUGGAGAUGCCAUCAAAUCAGAUGGUUGGAGGUGUGGUGCCCGGAUCGCUGGGUAUAAUGUACCCUCCUCAACCUGGUUUAGCUGCAAUGCAACCUAUUUAUCCUUCAACUGGACAAGCGCAGCCUACUGCCUGGCCUGUUCCACCUCGUCCCCAACCUUGGUUCCCCCCAAAUUCAGCCGUUUCAAUUCCUCCUCCUGCCCCAUUGGGCUAUGCUCAGCAGCCCCUAUUUCCUGUGCAGACUGCAAGGCCUCCACUUCCAGUAUCAUCAACUCCUAUGCUCCAGCCUUUACAGAUAACGCCUCCUGGAUUGACUUCAACUGCACCUACAGUUUCUGUAUCUCAACCGUUGUUCCCUGUUGUUAGUAAUAGUCAUGGACCUACCCAAAGCUCUCCUUUUUCUUCAUCUACACUUUCAACAAGCAUUCCUUUGACCUCGGCAGCAGAUAUCAAGGGCUCAGUGACGCAUCUGGGUACCAACUUUUCUACAAUUGGAAAUCAAGUUGCAAACAUUCCAGGUGGAAUACUAAGCAAUUCACACUCCUAUGCUUCGGGACCAAAUACAGGUGGUCCUUCUAUCGGUCCACCUCCUGUAAUUGCAAAUAAAGCUCCUACUCAACCAUCAACAAAUGAAGUAUAUUUGGUUUGGGAUGAUGAGGCAAUGUCUAUGGAGGAGAGAAGAAUGUCCUUAACUAAGUAUCAGGUGCAUGAUGAAACUAGCCAGUUUGCACGCCAUACCACCAAAUCUUGUGGGCAUCAAAAGGCUCAAGUAGGUAUUUAUGUUAUCCCACUUACGUGUGUAUAUAAAACCUUUCCAAAUCUUGCUGUAAGAAGUUUCUACCUAUUGUAACAAUAUGAUUAAGAACGUAGUAUAUUCAAUUCUUCCUUUUGGCUUUUCAAUCUAUUAUAUGUGAUUCACUCUCCCUAUGCUUGAUGCCAAAGUGUGGGGAAUUGGGUGGAACAAGAUUAUACCCUACAGAUUUUUGCUCAUUCGUAGCAUCAUUACAAUUUAUUUUAUGAUCGAUCAGUGAAUACGACUUUGACCAGGUCAGCCUCUUUUGCAAAGUUUGGCACCUCUUGCAUAGGACUCAACCAUAUGAUUUGGCGGUGGCAUCAUUUCUAUAAUUUCUGUCUAAUCAUUUUUGUGUUGUAUUCUUGUUUCAGAUGAGUUCAAUUGAUGCAGCCAUAGACAAACGAAUCUUGGAAAGCAGGCUUGCUGGCCGAAUGCCAUUUUAGUUCAAGCCAUGAAGACAGUUUCAUGAAGCUCCUCCACAUAGGUCGUUCGUUGGCUGCUGUAGGUUUCAGAAGAAGCUAUGACAUUUGUAAGUCACCAGGGAAUGUUGGGAACAUAUUUUCUUCACAGAUUAACUCAAAACAUCUCAUUGAAUUCAUUGCCAUAAAUUGGAUAGGACAGGACAGAGUUCUCUUUUUCAUGUUUAUGUUGUCUAGGCGAUUUAAAUGAGAGCAGGGUGCCUUCUUUUCUAUCUUCUUUUAUUUUCUUUUCCCUCUUUGUAUCAAUUUUAUACCUCCGUUUUCACAAGAAAACCCUACUACUAGUGUUAAUGUUAAGAGGAAGGUUUGCUGCAA